AAAAUGGCUCCACAAAUGGAAUACGUUUCAAAGACCCAACAUUACCUCAAAGUAAAGAAACCUUUGUUAGAACGUCAGCGACGAGCACGCAUUAACAAGUGUUUGGAUACUCUCAAAGAAUUGGUAGCCGAAUUCGAAGGUGAUGAUUCAAUAAUGCGUAUGGAUAAGGCUGAAAUGCUUGAAUCGGCUGUGGCUUUCAUGAAGCGGCAAGUAAAGAAACCGAAUGUACCAACCGCCUUCAGCAACAUGGUGCCAAUGAAUUCAUUCCGUCAUGGUUAUAUGAAUGCUGUCAAUGAGGUGUCCCGAGUUAUGGCUGCCACUGCCGGCAUGGAUGUACACAUCGGCAAAGCUGUUAUGGUCCAUUUGGGUAGUGAAUAUAAUCGUUUGCUGCAAAUCUCAAGUAUUGGACAACAGAAAGAGGAGGAUGGAGAGCAGUCGUGUUCUGCACCCAUGUCACCAGCUUCAUCGGGUUAUCACAGUGAUGAUGAAACAACAUCUUCGGCUGUUCAAAGUCCAGUUGCUACUCCAGUUUGGCGUCCUUGGUAA